AUGAUGGAAGACAACAAGCAGCUGGCUCAGAGGAUCGAUGGGGCCAUCCAGUCUGCCAGUCAGGAGGUAACCAACCUGCGCUCAGAGCUGUCUGCCACCAGCCGUAGACUGGCAGAGCUGGGGGCCAGCAGCCCCCCCUCGCCCCUGGAGAACAACCAUCAGCACCAUCAGCACAACCACCACGACCAUGACAUACACGAUCCUGCCGGUAAUUACAGGCAGAAGUCGGUGGUGAGCGAUAUCUGUUACCAGACAGAGAUCUCCAGCCUCAUGGACUUUGGGACUCCAGACUCCUCGCUAGACAAAGUGUUGCUGCGUGAGGAGGUGGCCCAGCUGCAGGAAGAGGUGCACCUGUUACGGCAGAUGAAGGACAUGUUGAGUAAGGACCUGGAGGAGACCCAGGGCCAAGGAGGCUGCUCCUCCCACCUCCUCUCUGACACUGAGCUCCGCGUGCAGAUGGGAGACAAGGAGCAGGAGCUGGACCGCGUCAAGGAGGCCUUACAAGCUAUGAAGUCUGACCGUAAGCGUCUGAAGAUGGAGAAGGCAGACCUGGUGAACCAGAUGCAGCAGCUGUACACCACACUGGAGAGCCGGGAGGAGCAGCUUCGAGACUUCAUACGCAACUACGACCAGCACCGAAAGGAGAGUGAGGAUGCAGUGAAGGCCCUGGCUAAGGAGAAGGACGUGCUGGAGAGGGAGAAAUGGGAUCUGAGGAGGCAGGCCAAAGAGGCCACAGAGCAGGCCUGCAUCCUGCGCUCUCACAUGGACAUUAAGGAGAACCGCAUCAAAGAGCUGGAGGCUGAACUCACCAUGGCAAAACAGUCCCUGGCCACGCUGACUAAGGACGUGCCGAAGCGCCAGUCCUUGGCCAUGCCCUCAGAGCCGGUGGUGAACGGCAGUCAGGAGUGGGCGAUGCAGGGAGACCUGCCCCUCACCGCUGCCAUCCGCCAGAGCCAACAAACACUCUACCACGGACACACUGUGGACCGCCAGGCGGUGGUCAGGGUCAGUCCCUGUCACUCCCGCCAGCCCUCUACCAUCUCGGACGCGUCAGCAGCUGACGGGGAUCGGUCGUCCACCCCCAGUGACAUCAACUCCCCCCGCCAUCGGACACACUCCCUCUGUAAUUCUAUGGAGGACCUGGAGGACCAGAAGCGUAAGACUAAGAAGAAGGAGAAGAUGUGUCUGGGCUCCCUCUCCCGGGUGUUUGCUCGGGGCAAGCAGCGCAAGUCAAUGGACCCGGGCCUGUUUGAUGGUACAUCCAUCCCUGAUUAUUACAUAGAGGAGGAUGCCGACUGGUGA